AUGGCAAAACAGGAGUUUGAAACUAGGCUGAAUACCAUUCAACUCAGAUACAAGAAAAAUAAAGCCAAACAGGAAAAAAUCGAUAUCAAAGAACUAGAGACGCUACAUAAAAGUCUAAAUAAGCGAUUGAUCGAGAAACUGAAAAGUUGUAGAGAACUUAUGCUAAAGCAGGAUGAAACACUGGUUAAGAUCAACUCCAUGCUAGAAGGAUAA